UUUCCGAAAAAUAAUUAACUUUUCAACCCAUUAAAACGUUUCAAGUGACUCUAAAAUGUCGGCGGCAUUCAAGUUAGCAAAGAAGAAAUACACGCAGCAAGAUCUGCGGCGUAUCAUGCACGAAACGAAGGCCAACAGUGCAAAAGCACCGACGGAAUCCACCUCCAAGAGGAUCGAAUCGCCACUAGCAAAGUACAACGAUGCAGGGCAGCUCUCGUGCAUCCUGUGCAGUUCGGUGGUCCGUUCGGAAGCCGUCUGGAAGGUUCACGUCAACUCCAAACAGCACAAGGAAAGCAUCGAGCAGGCAAAGCAGCUGAAGGAGAAAGCAGCCCAAUCCGCUACUACCAUCGCACAACCUCAGAAGACACCCACGGUCGACGCCACCGCCAGCGUCGCCGUAGCGACACCCUCAGCCUUCAAGCGACCUUCCUCUCCCGGUCCACGGGAAACAGCCAGCAAUAAGAAAAUCAAAGGCAUUCUAAAAAAUUCCGCCUCCGUUGAUCAGUCGCUGCCGGCAGACUUCUUCGACUCGGGUGCCAAAAUUAACAAGGAUCUGGUCAACAUUCGUUUGCCGGGAAGGUCCGGUGCGGGGAAGGAUGACCAAGCGGAAGCAGCACCGGUAGAACCGCCUCCGGACGAAGAAAAGCUACCGGAAGGCUUCUUUGAUGAUCCGAAGGCGGACGCCAAAGCGCGGAACAUCGAGUACAAAGAUCCGAACGACGAGGAAUGGGAACGGUUCCAGAAAGUGAUCAAAGAGGCCACCACGGAAUCGCUGGCUAUCAUCAACGAAGAGCAGGAAGAGUCGACGGCCGAACGACAGAUUAGCGAGAUUGAUGAGCAGAUUCGGAACUGGUCGCGGGUGCUGAGUUUGGAGAAGAAGAAGGAAGAGGUGAGGCACAGGACACUGACGGCGAUGGAGGUCGGCGAAAAGGCGGUUAAGGUUAAGAAGGAGGAGCAGCAAGAUAGUGACGAGGAGGCGGAUGAUACGGAGUUCGAAGAGUUUCCCGAUUGGAGGGCGAAGAAGUCUUACAAGUAGCGGGAGGGUAAGUUUAUAUAGAAGGAGUCUUGUUA